AGUUUGAAACCUCAGCUUAAUGUUAUAUCUCAAAAAUGCCUCCAGUUGAAAUACGUAAAAUGUUGCAAAUUCAUCUCAAAAACAUUUUUUUCCCUUUUUUUUAAUAAUGCUGUCUCCGGAGAGUCCUUAAUACGGACUGCAUUCCAGUGUCUUCAGUUGGUUGUGACAGACUUUCUUCCAACAAUGCCAUGUACUUGUCUACAGAUAGUUGUUGAAGUUGCAGGAAGCUUUGGACUUCACAAUCAAGAGCUAAAUAUUAGCUUAACAUCAAUUGGUUUGUUGUGGAAUAUUUCGGAUUAUUUUUUCCAAAGAGGUGAAAUAAUAGAAAAGGAGCUAAACAAAGAAGAAGCAGUGUUGCAGAAACAGGCAGAAGAAAAGGGAGUGAUGCUGAAUAGGCCUUUUCAUCCUGCACCACCAUUUGACUGUCUUUGGUUAUGCCUGUAUGCCAAACUGGGAGAACUGUGUGUGGAUCCCCGACCUGCAGUUAGAAAGAGCGCUGGGCAGACAUUGUUUUCCACUAUUGGUGCUCAUGGAACUUUAUUGCAACAUUCAACGUGGCACACAGUAAUAUGGAAGGUUUUAUUUCACCUGUUGGAUAGGGUUCGAGAAUCUUCUACCACAGCUGACAAAGAGAAGAUUGAAUCAGGAGGAGGCAACAUUCUCAUCCAUCAUUCAAGGGAUACAGCUGAGAAACAGUGGGCUGAGACAUGGGUAUUAACACUGGCUGGAGUUGCAAGAAUAUUUAACACCAGGAGAUACUUACUGCAGCCUUUAGGAGACUUUCCGCAAGCCUGGGAUGUUCUUCUUGAUCACAUCCAAUCAGCAGCACUCAGCAAAAAUAAUGAAGUUUCCUUGGCUGCUCUGAAAAGCUUCCAGGAGAUCUUGCAAAUUGUUUCUCCCGUCCGAGACUCAGAGAAGCCUGACACACCACCUGCUAUCAAUGUUUCUGUACCUGUGGUGGUGGGGACAACAACUGCCACUAGUCUUGGCAGAUCGUUCAUGAGAACUGACUCCAUAGGAGAAAGAAUAGGAAGAUACAAUGGAUCUGAACCACCUGUAAUAACAGAUGAGAUUGAAGAUUUGAAUCUUUGGUGGGCAGCCUGGAACAGCUGGUGUAGGAUUGGUUCAGAAAGUACAAGGCCUCCGAUUACUUGUGAUAAAUUGACUUUCAUUCCCAGCCAGCCUUUUCUUACAGCUUUAAUUCAGAUAUUCCCGGCUCUUUAUCAGCACAUCAAAACUGGUUUCAGCAUGGAUGAUCUCCAAAAGCUGGGUGUCAUUUUGCACGGUGCUGUUUCAGUUCCGAUCAGUUCUGAUGCUUCCCCUUUCAUCCUUCCAUCUUACACUGAAGCAGUUUUGACAAGUUUACAGGAAGCAGUGCUUACAGCUUUAGAUGUUUUACAAAAGGCUAUAUGCGUGGGCUCAGAAAGUAUGCAGAUAAUGUAUCCUGCAAUCUUUGACCAGCUGUUGGCCUUUGUAGAAUUUUCCUGCAAGCCUCCACAGUAUGGACAGCUGGAAACAAAGCACAUUGCAAAUGCGAAGUAUAAUCAGAUACAACUAUUUGCACCGGCGGAAUGGGUAGCAUUGAAUUACGUACCGUUUGCUGAGAGGUCAUUGGAAGUUGUUGUGGACUUAUACCAAAAGACAGCUUGCCAUAAAGCUGUGGUAACGGAGAAAGUUCUGCAGAACAUUAUUAAGACACUAAGAAUACCUCUUAGUCUGAAGUAUUCCUGUCCUUCUGAAAGCACAUGGAAGCUAGCUGUUUCCUCUCUUCUCAAAGUUCUUUCUAUCGGACUGCCUGUUGCAAGGCAGCAUGCAUCUUCUGGAAAAUUUGACAGUAUGUGGCCAGAGCUAGCAAAUACUUUUGAAGACUUUUUAUUCACCAAAAGUACACCUCCUGAUAAUCUCUCAAUUCAAGAAUUUCAGAAGAAUGAGAAUAUUGAUGUUGAGGUGGUGCAGCUUAUCAGCACAGAGAUACUGCCAUACGCUAAUUUUAUUCCUAAGGAAUUUGUUGGUCAGAUAAUGACUAUGCUCAAUAAAGGCUCAAUACAUUCUCAGUCAUCCUCCUUUACAGAAGCCGAAAUAGAUAUUCGAAUGAGGGAGGAGUUUUCUAAGGUGUGUUUUGAAACGCUGCUCCAGUUUUCAUUCAGUAACAAAGUCACAACUUCUCAGGAAGGCUACAUCUCUAGAAUGGCACUUUCUGUGCUCUUGAAAAGGUCACAGGAUGUAUUGCAUCGCUACAUAGAAGAUGAGAGAUUGAGUGGCGAAUGUCCUCUUCCACGGCAACAAGUAACAGAAAUCAUAUUUGUUUUAAAAGCUGUCAGUACUCUCAUAGAUUCACUUAAAAAAACUCAACCUGAAAAUGUUGAUGCCAACACAUGGGCACAAGUUAUUGCUUUGUACCCGACUUUAGUAGAAUGUAUCACCUGCUCAUCCUCGGAAGUGUGCUCUGCUCUGAAAGAGGCACUGGUUCCCUUUAAGGACUUCAUGCAUCCACCAGCAUCCAAGGUACAGAAUGGAGAGUCUUGACCCCAUAAAACGUAAAACUUUUUUUUUUAUUUUUGGAGGAGAAAAAGUAUCCAAAAACAUUUGUUCCUGAGUGAAGUUUCUCUGAGGAAAUCUCUUGUGACUAGUACUUUGGCAACCAGUGCUGUCUGCCUUUUAACUGUACUAACAAGAGCUCAGUAAUCCACGAGUACAGGCUAAAUCUCAAAGGUUCCAGAGUGAGUAGCAGUGCAGACCUUUAAUAAAUUUAACUGAAUAGUUGGAAUCGUUUAUAAUCUAAUGUACUUGCUACAGUAUCUUGAAGUGGUGAUUGAAAAGUGGGCUUAUGUACAGCUUGUUGUGUAUGUGUUAAUGAUGUAAUUAAAAAGAUUUCAAUUCAGUCAGAUUUAUUAGGCUGGUGUUUUGCACCCUUUUUUUGAAGUACGAAUUGUACUAAAAUUUUAUGCAAGAUGGUACUGUAACAUUCCAUUUAUCUGUAACCAGCCUUUGUAAACAAAGGGAACUGAUAUACUUGUGUGUAUAAUAAAUGGUACAGUUCUGUAUAAAAUAGUUGCAUUUAUUAUUUAAAUUCUUUUAAAAAUAUUGAUAAUGUUAAAUGCUCGAAAAUGUAUUUAUUAUGAAUAAGUUGUAUGCUUGCAUUUUUACUUACAGUUUGCCUUCUAAAUUGCCAGAUAUGCUCAUCCAUAUCUGAUCAUGUUGUUAGUUUUUGCUUAAUCGAAUGUAUUUUCUCUGUGGCCAUUGGACACUUAAGAAAGGGUCAUAUGACAAAAGAUGACAGCAAGCAGUCAGUAGUCUGCUGAUCUCAAACUUCAAAGUAGUUGACCUGAAAUAAGUUUGAAUAUGCAGAAAUCCACUGUAGCACUUCAACACUAUCAUACCUCACUUCAUAAUAUAUUUGUUUCAGGACUUUUGUUCUACUCAACUCUAUCCAUUUUUGAGGUUGCAGCCUUGCUUUAAAAAAAAAAACAUAUUUGAGGGUUGUUAGCCUUUUUUGACCUUCUUCACAGGUAUCAGUCUUUGAAUCAAGAAAGUGAUUUCAAAUAUCUGAAAUACUUGGCUGUAAUAUUUUGUUCAAUAAUUUUAAGUGCUUUGUUUUGUAAUGUCUUUUCAACCCAAACAAAUUGUUCUAAUCUUUUAAUUAUAAACUGUGUCUGAUAAAAAACAUGAGAAGUGUAUUUUUGAAAAUAGUUACUCAUUUAGAACCGCAGUAGAAUUUGUCAU